AUGGACCCACCUAAAGAGAUGACUGUGUCAUAUGCCACUGAAGACUCUGUCACCAUAUCAUGGUUGAGACCAUUCGCUCCCUUUGACUACUACAAGAUGUCAUGUCAAUCAGCAAGAGGUAGGCGAAGGCUUCUGACAUGUUUUUAUUGAAAAGUUCAUUUUAAAAAAUGAUGGAUAACACUUUAUUUGGAUAGACCCAAGUAGAUGGUUUGUAGAUAUUCCGUAGAUGUUCAAUAACUGUCAACAACAUUUCAACAAACUAUCCACUAACACCCUAACCCUAACCUUAACCCUCAUCCUAACCCUAAGCUUAACCCUUAGCCUAACCCUAAGCUUAACCCUUACCCUAAUCCUUAUUCUGAACCUAACCCUAACCGUAACCUUAGCAAGCAAUUGCUUAUCAACCAAUAGUUUGUUGAUAGUAUAACCAUCUGUAUAUCAUCAGUAUGGGACUAUCCAAAUCCAAGUGUGACCAAAUUAUGUUAUUCCAUUGUUUGGUAUUGGAGGAGAAAGUUCAGCUUCUUGUAGAAGAAAAACUGCAUACUGUAACAGUGCGAUAUUUAAUUAAUACCAUGUUCUUUAGGGCCAGUGGACAGCGUGGUAAUUGACAACAACGUCACUAACUACACCCUGUCCAGCCUCCACUCAGCAACAGAGUAUGAGAUCAACCUGAACGCUGUGCGGGGCAGCCAGGAGAGCAAGUCCAUCACCACCAGUGUCUUCACAGGUCUGACCUCUGACCCCUUAUUAUCUUUUCUGACCCCUUACGAUCCUGUACUGCCUCAGCUAUAA